AUGCUUGCUGCUCCCAUCAACAUUAACAAGUGGAUCGAAGAAAACUCCCACCUCUUGCAGCCUCCGGUCAACAACUUCUGUCUUCAUAGAGGAGGCUUUACAGUGAUGAUUGUUGGGGGCCCAAAUGAAAGAACCGACUACCAUGUCAAUCAGACGCCCGAGUAUUUCCACCAAUUGAAGGGACAUAUGUGUUUGAAGGUGGUGGAUGAUGGCGAAUUUAAAGAUGUUAUUAUCAACGAAGGCGACUCGUUUUUGCUUCCCGGUAAUACCCCGCAUAAUCCUGUAAGAUUUGCCAAUACCAUUGGAUUGGUGGUGGAGCAGGACAGACCCACUGGUGUCAACGAUCGCAUAAGAUGGUACUGUUCCAAUUGCAAGGACAUUAUUCACGAAAUUGAAUUCUACUGUUCAGAUUUGGGUACGCAGGUGAAGGAUGCCAUUUUGGCAUUUGAUGGAGACAUGGAGGCUAGAACUUGCAAUAAGUGCGGUACAUUGAACUACUCUAAGCCACAGAGUUCGUAG